AUGUUCUCCUGGCAACGAGCGGUUCGCAUGUUGCUCAUGGUAACCACAAUCAUGGUUGCCUGGCUCAGCUGUAUCCGCAUCUUGUGGUACGAAGGGUUGCUUCAUGCCCUGAUGGAUAUGUCAUCGACUCUGGAGAUUCAACAACAACAAGAACCGGACUUUCGAUGGCAACGAUUUCCAACACGAGAACAGCGCAUGAUGAUCUACAUGUCCAGUUGGUAUCUUCCGCCACACUCUUCGUCUCAUUGUGAAAGCCAUGAUGCUGGACCACGGUUUCACUUUCAAUGGACUCCAGAUGAUACCACCAAUAGUUCCAACUCGUCCAGUAUUGGACGAGUCGGUCGUGGCGUGGAUCCAUCAUUGUAUGCACCUUCCCAUCACGCCAAUCGAUCCAGCGUCAUGGUCAUGUCGGCUAACCCGUACCCCAGCUCCAUCCAACAGUUUCGCUUUGAUCGCUAUGUCGAUGCCGAUGUGGCCUUUUUGGUGGAACCAGGGACCAUGGAAGGGUGUGCCAAGACAUAUGACAAACCACCGUUGAAACGUCCACGUCCAGGGUUGCUCAAGUACUGCCAAGAUGUUGUCAAAUCGGUCCUUCCGCUUCAACGAGAAAUGGCAAUCCAGCAAGAAAUUCCAUUGAUCUUUCAGUUUGGAUGCAAUCCAACCUCCAAGAAACACGGAGAGCUUCGGAUUCCCCAUUUUCGCAAGUUUCGCCAAGCGUUACCAGCCAAUGCCCUUGGUUCUAUCCGGGAUGCAAGCAAUGGCGUCGCUGACCCAUGCGCCACCAUGUCCCAGUUCUCAAGGAUCCUUGCUCCACUCGGGCACCCACUCUUGUGGCUACUCAACUCGGACCGGUUCCGUGGUCCUUUGAGAAAUGUUGCCGAGGCAGACAUUCCCUGGUCUCGCAAGAAGAAUAGAGCCGUGUGGCGUGGUUCUCUGACUGGAACCCGUGAUGCCCAACUGACCAAGGUACCCGAAAAUGCCAGUGCCGUAGAAAAGUGUUUUCGGUUGCCACGUUGUCGUUUGGUCUAUCAGGCGGCUCAGCAGGAGCCGUCGACAGCUGGCACAAGAAGGAAUGCGCUGGUGGAUACAAAGCUCACAGCUUUGGAUGUGUUGGGCAAGUCGGGAGUGACAGCACAAAUGAAUGGCGUGUCACUCGUGGGGCCGCCCAUGACCAUGGAGGAGCAGUUGCAGCACAAGGCUCUGAUUGUGUUGGAAGGUCAUGAGGUUGCUUCGGCCUUGCUCUGGUCCUUGCAUUCGCAAUCAGUGGUGUUGAUGGCACCUCCUCGCUACACCACAUGGAGUAUGGAGGAGAUGCUGGUACCUUGGAUCCAUUACGUUCCUUUGGACCCGGAGUUGAACUAUGAUAAUGUCGAGGAUAUGGUUCAAUGGGUUUUGGAUAAUGAGGACGGGGCCCAAAAGAUCUCUGCUCGAGCUUCCUUGUGGGUUUACGAUUUGAUGUUCCAUCCUGAUGCCGCCAGUGACGAUGAAUGGAUUCAACGCGAGCUUAUUGACCGCUAUUCUGUGUAUUAUGAUGAGUCCAGGAACGAGUUGCAGCAUCCACAGGAAGCAGACUAG